GUGUCUGUGAGGUGACUGACUAUUUUACUUUGUUUGUACCAUCUAACUCACACCUAAACACACAAAAUGAGCUCUGGAAAGAAAACACCAACCCAGGAACCCAGUUCUAAGAAGAAAAGACCCGCCAGCACCCCUGAAAACUGCUCCGGAGUGAGUAACACCGACACACCUAUCGCCACGUCACACCAAAACAAUGACAUCGGCGCUGCGGUAAGAGAGGCUUUGCUGUCCUUGUAUGCACCUCAGCCGGCUCAGAUUUUCGCCUCACCACCCCUUGGAGCUCAGUCUAAUCCUGAUGAAGGAGCACAUGAUAGAUCAACGCUGCAGAUCGAUGAGGGACAACCUGAUCUUCACUGGGAUACCAGAGUCAGCUACAGCACAGGAACCAGAACACACAGGGGAUGUGCUGAAGACCUUCAUCCAGGAGCAGCUUGAACUGGACCCCAGCAACUUCAGCUUCAGGAGGAUUCACAGGAUUGGCCCAAAGAGACGAGGAGCAACAAGACCCCGCUCUAUCAUAGCAAAAUUUAACAUUACAACUGAGAGGGACCUGGUUAAGAAGUCAGGAAAGAAAUUGAA